UUUAGAGAGAGAAAAAGCUUAAUUUCUAGAGAGAGAAAGUAAUGGGGAGCAACAACAACAACAGGAGAGGAAGAACAGUGAUGGAGGUCGGAGCUGAUGGGGUGGCUAUCAUCACCAUCAUCAAUCCUCCCGUCAAUUCUCUCUCCCUUGAUGUUUUCCAGGGCUUGAAAGAGUGGUAUGAGCUAGCCUUACAAAGAGAUGAUGUGAAGGCAAUUGUUGUUACUGGUGCAAAGGGCAAGUUUUCUGGCGGUUUUGAUAUAACUGCUUUUGGUGGGAUGCAAGGGGGAAAGAUUGCACCUCCAAAACCUGGCUUUAUGUCAGUAGAGGUUCUUACUGACACUGUGGAAGCUGCGAGAAAGCCUUCAGUUGCUGCUAUUGAUGGCCUCGCUUUAGGUGGAGGGCUAGAGGUUGCAAUGGCCUGCCAUGCACGGAUAUCUACUCCUAGUGCCCAACUAGGCUUACCUGAACUUCGGCUUGGGGUAAUUCCUGGAUUUGGAGGUACACAGCGGCUUCCACGCCUUGUUGGCCUCUCUAAGGCCCUUGAAAUGAUGCUGACAUCAAAGCCGGUUAAAGGAGAGGAAGCUCACGAUUUGGGUCUAGUGGAUGCCACAGUCUCACCAGAUGAGUUGAUAAAUACUGCUCGUCAGUGGGCACUAGAUAUUUUGGAGGCCAAAAGACCAUGGGUUAAAAGCCUUUAUAAGACUGACAAGAUAGAGCCACUUGGUGAGGCAAGGGAAAUACUAAAGUUUGCAAGAACUCAGGCGCGAAAACAAGCUCCCAACCUCGAGCAUCCAAUAGUUUGCAUUAAUGUUGUUGAAGAGGGUAUAGUUUCUAGUCCCCGUGCUGGGCUUUGGAAGGAAGUUGAAGCUUUCCAAGGACUCUUACAUUCAGAUACUUGCAAGAGCUUGAUCCACCUCUUCUUUGCUCAACGUGGAACCUCAAGGGUUCCUGGGAUCACUGAUCGGGGUCUCGUACCAAGACGAAUAAGUAAGGUUGCUAUUCUUGGUGGUGGAUUAAUGGGCUCUGGCAUAGCAACAACAUUGAUUCUUAGUAACUAUCCUGUGGUCCUGAAAGAAGUCAAUGAGAAUUUCCUAUAGGCGGGUGUAGGUAGAGUUAGAGCCAAUUUGCAAAGUCGUGUCAAGAAAGGGAAAAUGAAUGAUGAGAAGUUUUUAAAAACCCUUUCUCUUCUCAAGGGUGUCCUUGACUAUGAAAGCUUUAGAGAUGUAGACAUGGUCAUAGAGGCCGUUAUUGAGAAUGCCUCUUUAAAGCAACAAAUUUUUUCUGAUCUGGAAAAAUAUUGCCCUCCGCAUUGCAUACUUGCAAGUAACACUUCCACCAUUGACUUGAACCUGAUUGGGGAGAAGACCAGGUCCCAUGACCGGAUCAUUGGAGCCCAUUUCUUCAGUCCAGCUCACAUCAUGCCACUUUUGGAAAUUGUUCAUACCGAGAAGACAUCCCCACAAGUAAUUGUCGAUUUACUGGAUGUCGGGAAAAAGAUAAAGAAAACCCCAAUUGUAGUUGGAAAUUGCACCGGCUUUGCUGUUAACAGGAUGUUCUUCCCUUACACACAAGCUGCCCUUUUGCUUGUCGAACAUGGUGCAGAUCUCUAUCAGAUUGAUAGGGCAGUCACCAAAUUUGGAAUGCCUAUGGGUCCAUUCAGAUUGUGUGAUCUAGUUGGUUUUGGGGUUGCGAUCGCUACUGGUACGCAGUUUGUUGAAAAUUUCCCCGAGAGAACCUAUAAAUCAAUGCUAAUUCCAAUCAUGCAGGAGGAUAAGAGAGCAGGUGAGGCAACUCGCAAAGGGUUUUAUGUUUACAAUGACAAACGCAAGGCAAGCCCAGAUCCUGAAAUAAAAAAAAUUGUUCAGAAAGCAAGGGAGAUUUCCGGCGUUAAUGUUGAUCCUAAGCUGAUGAAGUUAUCGGACAAGGACAUUGUGGAGAUGGUAUUCUUCCCCGUCGUGAACGAAGCCUGUCGAGUCCUUGCUGAAGGUAUUGCAGUCAAAGCAUCAGAUCUCGACAUUGCUGCUGUGAUGGGCAUGGGGUUCCCGCCUUACAGGGGAGGAAUUAUGUUCUGGGCAGACUCUCUUGGAUCAAAAUACAUUUACUCGAAAUUGGAAGAAUGGUCGAACGUGUAUGAUGGAGGAUUCUUCAAACCUUGUGCCCACUUAGCUGAAAGAGCUACGAAGGGGGCUUUUCUGAGUACUCUUGUGGAGCGAGCAAAAUCUCAGCUAUAAAAUUUAUUUUCUAGUUACAUUGUCACCCAAUGUGAUUUUGCUAAUGUAUUUUUCUUUUCUUUGUUUGCUUUUUCUUUUCCCUUUCUUGAUGCUGGUGAAAAAUGCUUAAUAGAGCUAAAUAAUGCAUAAGAUGGAUCGAGAACAGGAUGUCUGAGAAUUCAAACAGUAAUAUUUAUCUUGAUCUUAAAUCAAUUUUAUAUU